GCCGGUGCCGGUCCCGGGCCGGUGCCGGGGCUCUCCGGGCUCGCCCCCGUCACAUGAUCCGGAGCCCUCGGGAAGGGCGGCGCACGGCCGGGCCAUGGCGAUCGAGGGGGGCAUGAAAUGCGUGAAGUUCUUGGUUUUCUUCUUCAACUUCAUCUUCUGGGUGUGCGGCGUGGCCCUGAUCGCCAUCGGGAUCUACGCGCUCGUGGCGCUCGGUAGGGCGCCGGUGGCUCCGGUGGGCGGCUCGGGCUGGACCCCCGCGGCCAUCGUGGCCCUGGGCGUCGUCAUCUUCUUCACGUCCUUCUUCGGCUGCUGCGGCGCCUGGAGGGAGAGCUACUGCAUGGUCACCACGUUCGCCGUCCUGCUCAGCCUCAUCUUCCUGGUGGAGGUCGCCGCCGCCAUCACCGGUUACGUCUUCAAGAACGAGGUGCACGGGCUGGUGCAGGACGGGCUCUGGGAGGCGCUGCGGAGCUACGAGCAGGACGCGUCCUUGGCCGCCGCCCUGGAUGGAUUCCAGCAGGAGUUUUCCUGCUGCGGGGUGAACAAUUACACGGACUGGGCCGGCGUGGGGCCCUUCGGCGCCAACGACUCCGUGCCCAGCUCCUGCUGCCGCCAGCCCGGCCCCGCCUGCAACGUCCACCCCAGCCCGGCCACCGUGUUCGCCGAGGGCUGCCUGCCCAGCCUCGAGGCCUGGCUCAAGAGGAACGUGCUGGUGCUGGCGGCCGUGGCGCUGGGCAUCGCCUUCUUCGAGGUCCUGGGCGUUCUCUUCUCCUGCUGCCUCAUGCGGGGGAUCCGCAGCGGCUACGAGGUCAUGUAGCCCCCCCCCAAAUUCCUGCUGCCCCUGGGGGUCCUGGGGGGCUCGGGGGCCCCCCGGGUUUGCAAUAAAGAGGAAAAGCUUC